AUGGACUCCUUGGAGCGUAUAAUGCGUGCGGCACCAUUGCCGCGCGCUCUUAGCGUUAACACGGCAACAACAAAGGGCCAACAACGUGCCCUGGUCCAUGCCUCGCUGGCUGCGGCCACAGUGGGCCGUAAGGGUAGACAUUUGACGGGCACAUUUUGUCUAACCGGCGACACAAUGGAAGGCAUCAUCCAGUGUUUAGUGUUCUUGAAAGCAUUUUCGGUGAGUGAACGCAACAGAAGCAAUUUAAUACUAGAUAAAUUUUCUAAUAGCUGA